AUAAUUUCAAAACAAAGUAUUUUUGAUUUGAGCAACAGAUUUUGGUAUUUGUCUAUGUAACAGAUUUUUUUAAUAAAUAUAGUAUGAAGUUCAACAAAAUUUGCAGGACAUGUUUACUAGAAAAAGCUAAUUUAAAACCAUUAUUCGAAGCUUGUUUACCAAAUAUGCUCAUGUCGUGUGCAUCUAUACAAGUGUUAAACGGUGAUGGUUUACCUAACCAAAUAUGCACUCAAUGCCUACAGAACGUAAACAGGUCAUACACCUUUAAACUACUUUGCGAAAAAUCGGACUUGGAACUCCGGAACUAUUUAAGCAUCAAUCUCCAGCCACUGUCCUUGCCUACAGAUAACUUAAUGAACGAUGUUAAAUCGGACAUAUUUAGUACUAGUGAAGUCUUACAGCAGAGUUCACUGUUUCAAGAUAUUUUUAAUGAUGCUACAACGCAUUCUCUCGUUGAGACAUUCGCGAAUCAAAAUGCUAGUUCAGAUUUGGUGGAAACUAUGCAAAGUCUACAAACAAUAGCUGAACAGUGUUUACCUGAUUCUUGGGAAAGUGAUGCAAAUAUUGUACCGUGUAACUCCAAUGAAGCUACUGAUAAUUUCACUUUAGGACCAAUUUAUAAAUGCCAGUUUUGUGAAAACAUUUUCAAAGAUGAGUGGUCUUUAUCAGAUCACAUUAAGAUCCACACUGUUCAAAGUAAACUAUUUUGCAGUAUAUGCAGUAAAAUGUUCGAUGACUCUGAUGAAUUAAAUAAGCAUAUCUUGGAACAUGCUUUCAUAAGUGACAAACCCCAUUUAAACCAUUCUACAGAUGCGCCUGUAAAAGGAGCUUAUAAAAUUAAUUGCAAUAUUUGUGAUAGAGAUUUUACUGAUUCGAGGUACCUAAAAAAACACCUCAAGGACAUCCAUUUUAUCGAAAGUGAACGAGGAAUUGAAAUAGAAAAGAAAUACGGUUGUAAUAUUUGUGGAAAAAGGUACCGACAAAACAGACUUUUGUCCAUACAUAUGAGAGUACAUACCGGAGAGAGACCUUUAAGCUGUGAUAUUUGUGGAAGGACAUUCGCUCUCGCCUCUUCCUUGGCAAAACACAAGAACACUCAUAAUGCAGAAAAAAAAUUUGAAUGCCAAAUCUGCAAUAAAAAAUUCACUCAAUCUUCUCACUUAAACGAACAUUUACGUAACCAUGCAGGCCAAAAACCUCAUAUAUGCAACAUCUGUGGGAAGCGUUUCAUAAAAAAUUCUAAAUUAGUUACCCAUAUGAGGACACAUACAGGGAUCAAGCCUUACACUUGCGACUUUUGCAAGACCUCUUUUGGAACCAAUAGCCAAUUGAAGAAACAUAUCAGAAUACACACCGGUGAAAAACCCUAUCCUUGUUGGCAAUGUGGAAGAUCAUUUAGGCGCAUUGAAACUAGAGACACGCAUGUUCGUUACCACACAGGAGAAAGACCAUACGCCUGUACAAUAUGUUCUAAAAAAUACGUAGCAGCUAGUCAUUUACGAAGUCAUAUGAAAACGCACAGCAACGAUAGAAAACACGAGUGCAUUAUAUGCCUUCAGAAAUUUUUCGACUCAAAAACAUUAAAAAACCAUUUAAAUAGCCAUUCUGGUCAAAAACCGUUCAGUUGCCAAUUUUGCGUGAAAGAAUUUUCACAAAACGGAGCCCUUAUAACGCAUAUUAAACAGUGUCAUGCUCAAUAAAAUUGAAACCCAUUGAACUAAACACAAACAUAUAUUUUAUUC